AUGAACGGGCAAGAUAAGAAACAAAUUCAGGUCGGCGUUCCCUCCGAUGACCCAAAGUCUAAAGAUGUUGACAAGAAAAUCAAAGAGGGUGAUGCCAAACUCAGCGAGGAAGAUGAACGCAUCAAGGAGCAGGUCGAACUUUUGGUGGCUCGAUCCGCAGAUAGAGAUCUUGGUAUAGCGAAGAUUGCCGUUAAUCAGCUCGCUGAUCUCCUGCGUACCACUAGCAGCGGCAGCGUGGCCUCCGUCCCCAAGCCUCUCAAAUACGUCCGCACACUAUUUCCGGAGUUGGAGCAGGCGUUGAAGGGCGUAACGCAGGACGCUGCCCUACAGCGUCGUCUACAUGAUGUCCUCUCCUUUGUUUCAAUGACUAUAGAGCACGACAAAGGUACUCAUGCUAGUUUAGCCCACAAGCUGAAAGGCACGCUAGAUGAUCUCGCGGAGUGGGGCCAUGAGUAUCUGCGCUUUCUGGCUGGUGAAAUAGCCGAGGAGUGGGAGGAACUCACUAGAAAGCAUGAAAGCAUCAACCAUCUGUCUAACUUUGUCGAUCAAAUCACUCAGUAUAUGAUCGCUCAUCAGGAUGAGCCUACAUGUAUGGAUCUUCUAAUCGAAAUCAAUGAAGUUAAGCGCAUUCUUGAGUUGGUGGACAGCUCCAACUACAAACGUGUUGCAAAUUAUCUAUGUGCCGUGAGCCAUUAUCUCACCCGACCCGCGGACACAGAAGCACUUAACACGGUUUUCAGUAUUUACACUAAAGUCGGAGCCUACUCCGACGCGGUCGUUAUCGCACUGAAGCUAGGCAGUCACGAGAAGGUGAACUUGCUGUUUAAGACAUGUACCAACAAGGCACUUCGGUUGCAGAUGGCCUUAACAUGUGCGCGGCAUCGGUACUUUCUCGACUUUGAUGCAGAAGAAAAUGAACUGCUGCAAGAGGCUAACGGCAACAUGCGUCUGUCGCAGCUCUUUCGAGCCACAGCUCAGGAUCUCGACGCAAUCGCCCCUAAGACUCCCGAUGAAGUCAUUAAAAGUGGCGACACCGUCAACGAGCCACCCCGAGACUCGCUUCAGAACCUCACGAACACGUUUGUCAGCGGUCUUGCAAACUGUGCCUUUGGAAAGGAUAAAUACUUAACAGAGAGUAGCUCAUUCUUGUUCGAUCAAAAAGAGGAUCGUAUCAUCUCAACAACCGCAGCGUUGGGACUGCUCCACCUAUGGGACCAUAUGGAAGGCCUUCAGGAAAUUGACAAGUAUUUCUACUCAGAGAGUAACUACAUCAAGUCCGGUGCGUGUCUUGCCUCGGGUAUCGCCAUGUGUGGUGUCAAGAGCCCUUUCGACCCUGCCCUCGGCCUGCUCUCAGAGCAUGUCAAUUCUCCACAAAAGGAUGUCAGCAUAGGCGCUAUUCUCGGUCUCGGCUACGCCUACUCUGGUAUGCGAAAAGAGGAUGUGAAGGAACUCUUGGUGCCAAUUCUUGCCGAUGGGGAGCAACUAUUGGAAGUCCAGUGUAUGGCAGCAUAUGCGUUAUCCCUUGUAUAUGUUGGAUCCGCAGACGAGGAUAUCAUCGAGACAAUGAUGAAUUGCCUUCUAGAAAUUCCAGAGGAUAAACUCAUGGAGACAUGUGUACGCUUUCUCAUCCUCGCCCUCGGGUGUAUGUUCCUCGGUUGUCAAGAGAGGGCGGACACGCUUUUGGAUGCCGCUCAGGCGCUUUCACCAGUAAUCAAUCAGUACACUGACACGGUCGUUCGCAGCUGCGCCUUCGCGGCAACAGGUAAUGUGAUUACCAUUCAGAAAUUUUUCCACAUUAUUGCAGAAAGCGAUGACACUAACGAGGAGGAUCCAAAUGAGGAAUCGGGUAAGCAGAAUGAGGAGAAACAGGAAGAGUCAGCGGCACAGAUGCUAAAUCACAAGGCAGCAGCCGUUCUGGGGAUUGGUUUGGUGGCACUUGGCGAGGAUCUUGGGACGGAAAUGGCGAAGCGCGCGAUCAUCCACACACUACUGGCCGACACAGUCAACAAAAAGAAGGAUGCGAUGUCCGGUCGGCGGGCAGUCCCGCUGGUGUACGCGCUUCUUUCUGCAUCGGAUCCUAAUAUGACCGUUGUGGAGAGCCUUAACCGACUAGCACACGACAGUGAUAUCAGCACGGCUAUGAACGCUGUCCUGGCGAUGGGGUUGGUCUCCGCCGGUAGCAACAAUGCCCGUGUGGCCGGAAAGCUUCGAAAUAUCGCAUUAUACUAUCAGCGGUCACGCUAUAACAAUACCCUUUUCACGGUGCGCCUCGCCCAAGGACUUUGCGCGAUGGGAAAAGGGCACCUAACGCUUUCACCACUGCAAAACGACCGACUCACCGUCAGCCAGCCGGCUCUAAUGGGGUUGCUGACGCUGUUGCAUUGUGCCUUGGAUUUAAAUAAGACCAUACUGGAUAAGUAUCAUUAUAUGGUCCUGGCCAUUACUCCUAGCAUCAGCCCACGCAUGGUGCUCGCUGUAGACGAGACAAUGGAACCGGUUAAAGGUAUUCAGGUUCGUGUGGGAUUGCCAAUGGAUACUGUGGCCUUGCCAGGAAAGCCGAAGGCCAUUACAGGUUUUCAGACUCACACUACGCCAGUGCUCUUGGCCUCCACAGACAAAGUCGAAUUAGCGGACAUUAAGUACCGCUCAAUUCUUUCAAUUGUAGAAGGAGUUUUUGUGGUGGAGCAAAAGCAAGUUAUUGAUUAG